CCCCAGGCUGGCAUCCUCGAGGGCGGCAACCCUGUCGCCUACAAUGCAUCCAACCCGGUGCUCCUCUUCAUCAUCCAGGCCAUCAUCAUUAUCAUCUUCUGCCGUCUCCUCCACUGGCCUCUGUCCUACCUGAACCAGCCGCGCGUCAUCGCAGAGGUCAUCGGCGGCAUCCUCCUGGGCCCUUCCGUCAUGAUGCGCAUCCCCGGGUUCCAGAAUGCCAUCUUUCCGACGGCCUCGAUGCCUAUCCUCAACAAUGUCGCCAACCUGGGCCUGAUCAUCUUCCUGUUCCUCGUCGGCCUCGAGGUGGACGUCCGGCUCCUCACCAGCAACUGGCGCGUCGCCCUGACCGUCGGCCUGGCCGGCAUGGCCAUCCCCUUUGGCCUGGGCAUCGCCAUCGCAAAGGGUUUGUACGAGCAGUUCCGCGUCGCCGAGGCAGACGUCAGCACCGACCCAAUCGAAUUUGGCGUCUACGCCCUCUUCAUCGGCACCGCCCUGGCCAUCACCGCCUUUCCCGUGCUGUGCCGCAUCCUUACCGACCUCAACCUGCUGGGCACAUCCGUCGGCGUCACUGUUCUGGCCGCUGGCAUCGGCAACGACGUGACCGGCUGGAUCCUCCUCGCCCUCUGCGUCGCCCUCGUCAACAAUGCCACCGGCCUGGCUGCCCUCUGGGCCCUGCUUUGUGUCGUCGGCUGGGCUCUGUUUCUUUGCUAUGCUGUCCGUCCUUGCUUUAUCUGGUGUCUCAGGAGGACGGGAAGUCUAGAGAAGGGGCCUACACAGGGCAUGGUGGCCUUGACCCUUGGCAUUGCCCUCGUCUCAGCCUGGUUUACUGGCAUUAUCGGUGUCCAUCCGAUCUUCGGCGCCUUUCUGGCCGGCUUAAUUUGUCCCCACGAGGCAGGUUUUGCCAUCAAACUCACCGAGAAGAUCGAGGACAUAGUCACAGUGCUCUUCCUGCCGCUCUACUUCGCCCUGUCCGGUCUGAGCACCAACCUCGGCCUGCUCAACGACGGCAUCACCUGGGCCUAUGUAGUGGGCGUCAUCGCCGUGGCCUUUUCAGGCAAGAUUAUCGGCGGCACACUAGCGGCGCGGUUCAACAGGCUUGAGUGGCGCGAGUCCCUGACCAUUGGCUGUCUGAUGAGCUGUAAAGGCCUCGUUGAGCUGAUUGUGCUUAACGUGGGCUUACAGGCCAAGAUCCUUUCUGAACGUACUUUUACCAUCUUUGUUGUCAUGGCCUUGGUCACAACGGUAUCUACCACACCCUUGGUCAAGUGGCUCUACCCACCAUGGUACCAGGCCAAGAUGGAAAGGUUCCGAAGAGGCGAGACAGACAGGGACGGAAACCCCAUCAACCCAGCUGGCGGCCCAUCAACCUCGAGCCAUGGCGGCGCCACCAUGCACGAAGGCGACGAAGGCGACGGGGACAAGGAGUGGAAGCCUACUGCGGAGAUCCGUCGCCUCCUCGUCUACCUUCGCUUAGACAGCCUGCCAGGCCUCUUCACCUUCAUCGCCCUCCUCGGAGCCGACGGCCAGAACCAGGACAACCACGACGAUGAGGACCAGCGUGGCAGCGAAAGUUAUUAUGAAACCACGACGGCGACGACGACGACAACAACACCAAGGAGAAGAAGACCCCUACCUCCCCUCGAGGUCCACGGCCUCCGCAUCCUCGAGCUCACAGAGCGCAACUCCUCCGUAAUGCAGCUGACAGAAGGCGAAGGAGGCCCCAACCACCUCUCGGCCCGCGACCCCGUCGUAAACACCUUCCGCGCCUUCUCGCGCCUCCUCCGCUCAUCCUACAACAACAUCAUCGCCGCCUCCGGCCGCGUCGCCGUCGUGCCUGCCCCUUCGUACGCAGAGACCCUCGCGCGACAGGCCGCCGACAUCGCCGCCGACUUUGUUUUUGUGCCCUGGGGCGAGAACGACAGCAGCAACUUCAGCGACAGGGACACGACGACAGAGAACCACACAGACCCCGCCUCGUCGCUGGUCCUGGACGGAGCCGCCGCCCGUACAGAGGAGCGCUUCGCCAGCCGCAGCCACCUCGACUUUAUCCACCAGGUCCUGCACAAACCCGCCUGCAACACAGGCGUCUUCAUCAACCGCGGUCUCGGUGGUCUACUGCCUCCUGUGGACAGCAGGAAGAACAACAACAACAACAACAACAUUAGCAGUAGCAACAAGGAAGGCGGCGUCAGCGUCACCAUGUCCAGCAGCAGUCACAGCCUGUCCACAAGAGACAACAAGACCCAUCACCAGAUCUUCGUUCCCUUCCUGGGCGGCGUCGACGACCGCGUCGCCCUGCGCUUCGCCCUGCGCCUGGCUAGGAACCCCAACGUCACCCUGACCGUCGGUGCCCACAGCACCAGCGUCAACAACAACAAGGUGGUCGAGGGUGCCUCGGCGCAGGACAUGGCUCUCCUGUCGUCGUUGUCGUCAUCCCCACCGCAGGGGCUCGCCGGUCGCUUUACGAUUGCAGAGGUCGACGCCACGCGCAGGACGGCUGUGGCAGAGGCUGUGGCCCGAGCGAGGGCCCACGUGGGCAACUCACCACAGAACGCCGGCGACCUCGUUGUGGUGGGCCGGUCACACGUGGACCUCGGCGAUGGAGUGGUCGAGGUCGAUGGCGGAGACUUGAGAAGGACGGUCGGGGUUGUGGCGCAGCAAUUCGUCGACAGUGGUAUCAAGGCAAGUCUAUUGGUUAUCAGGGCUGGCGGGGCGGGACUCAAC